UGACGCUAGUGUUGGGUCUUUCUCGAGUGUUUGUACUCUGCAUCACUGAUGAUGUAAUAUGUGCGCGCCGCCCUGCACAUGUGUUAGAGUACUGGUGGAAUCAUGGCUGGGAGUGUGCGGCGCCCUGAGCAGACAGGGCCUCCUGAAUUGUUUUAUAAUGAAGCUGAAGCGAGAAAAUAUACCCAAAACUCCCGUAUGAUUGACAUUCAAACCCAAAUGUCUGAACGUGCUAUAGAGCUCUUGUGUCUGCCAGAAGAUCAGCCUUGCUUUCUGCUGGAUGUGGGCUGCGGCUCGGGUCUAAGUGGAGAUUAUGUGUCGGAGCUCGGCCAUCACUGGAUUGGGAUAGAUAUUAGCUCUGCAAUGUUAGAUGUGGCAUUAGAGCGUGAAGUGGAAGGGGACCUGAUCAGAGGGGACAUGGGACAGGGAAUCCCAUUUCGCCCUGGCACAUUUGAUGGCUGCAUCAGUAUCUCUGCCCUGCAGUGGCUCUGUAAUGCGGAUAAGAAGACACAUAGCCCACCUCAACGUUUGUUUCGCUUCUUCUCAACUCUUUACUCUUCUCUGGCACGCGGCGCAAGGGCGGUUCUCCAGAUUUAUCCAGAGAAUGGCGAACAGCUAGAGUUAAUUACAUCUCAGGCAAUGAGAGCAGGCUUUACUGGUGGAAUGGUCGUGGAUUAUCCUAAUAGUGCCAAGGCUAAAAAGUUUUUCCUGUGUCUCUUUGCUGGAGUCUCUGGUGUGUUGCCCAAGGGUCUGGGUGAAGAAGGAGCUGGUCACGAAACAUCUCGUCAGGUUUCAUUUACCAACCAGAGAACACGAUUUAGAACGGCUCGGGGAAAAUCUGCAAAGAAGAGCAAAGACUGGAUUCUUGAGAAAAAAGAACGAAGGAGGCGUCAGGGAAAAGAGGUCCGCGCUGAUACAAAGUUUAGUGGAAGAAAAAGAAGACCUCAUUUUUAAGAACUUCAAUGACUUUCACUGCUGGAAGAAUGUUCUUUGUAGUCACAUAAAAUGGCAUAGUUUCACAGGGUUUACCCUCACAAAAGGAUGUUCCAGUGUUUCAAAAUGUGAGAACAAGGGCAAUGAGUGGCGUUGAAGAAGGUGUAGCUGCUAUUACUUCUCCCUACGGAAAUCUAAGAUUUAUGUGGGUUCUCCAGCAGUGGACUAGAACACCGCAGACUAGCAAAUUACCAAUUUGUGAUUUAGCUACCAUAUUUGUACAUAUUAUCAGUAUACUUUGAAACUGCCAUUACUAUUUUAAUGCAUUAUGCUGUAUUUUUCCAAAUUAUAUUCUACUGCUUGUUUUAUUCUUCAUUCUUAUUCUCAUUCUUUUGAGCUAGUUUCAAAAGCUUUGGGGGCCUUGUUGAAAAUGUGCCUUAACAAUGGCUGUAUUUGUAAGCAAGUAUCAGAGGAAUUAUGCCACCGGAAUACAGCUGGUGCAGUAGU